UCGAUUGCUAGUCCACCAUAGCCACGAGAAGAUAACGACGCCGAGGAAGAGAGGAAGAGAGGAAAAGAGACCGAUAGGGAGGGAGGAGAAGCGCAGUGGCGGUGGAAUCUUGCCGGAGCAAGAGCACAAGUGGUGUCAUGAGCCAUCCGAAUUUGAUUCGGAUUUGUGCAGCGACCAGGGGAAGUGACAUUUGCUCGGUGUCUUGGGCCAGGUGUUGGUGCAGUGGCGGCGGCCUUUCGCCCAGUUUUCGAGUAGCGGGUGAGCGUGUGGGAUGGCCGAGGCUCGUGGCUUGUGCCGGUGCAGAAGGUGCUGGUGACUCUACACCCGCAGCGAAGAAAGGCUUCGGGAGUCCCAGGAAGGUUGUGAAACAAGGUGUGAAGAAAAGUGGGUCCUCCAGAGGCAAUCCGCAGGAAAAAGGAGUCCUUUUGAACAAUGCGGAUAGAACCGCUGACAGAGAGGGUUCGAGUCAUUUGAGUAAAGUAAUUGAUGUGGUUGAUAAGAAGGCUUCUGGUCACCGAGUAAGCCGAUUGCACAUUGAUCCGAAUGAGGCUAAAAAGGGGAAGGUUGACUUUGUCCGGGUCCAGACUUGGGGUGAGGAUGAAGAGUCAGGCAAAUUGGAAAAUCUCAAAGUGAAGAGUUUCAGUCCAGCUGUGACUUCUUCGUCCAAAAAAUCGGGUCCAUUCUACGAGAAACUUGUGAACCGAUUACAACUUCUAGAGUCGAAGGGAGAAAUGUCUGUAGCACAAGCGAAGCCGUUACCAUCUUUUGAUCGGUGGGUCUUCGGAGAGGAGCGCUACAUGCAGUUUUUGAUGGAUCAGCGGGCAGUCUUUCAAGCUCUUAGGGAUGUUAUCGCUUCAAUACACAGUGAAAGAUGCGGCUCUGUGGCUGUUCUUGAAGAUGGUUUAGCUUUGGGUGGAGCAACCAAGGCCGUCAGUCUAUUUGCUGAAGACCUCGGCUUGGAUCGGUGCAAGGCACUUGAUUUGGAUAUUUCAUUUUUCACGGAAUUAUUAACGGCGAGAGGAGAACAAUUUGCGGAGUUCCCUACACCAACCACCCAGGCAGUCGGUUAUGCCAAGUACAUCCGUCAGCUGGGAGCUUCUAGUCUAGAAAAAAGCGACAAAGCGAAGGAUGCAUGUCUGAAGUUUCUAGCACAUGUGUUUUCAGUUUAUGUGUCGCAUCUGACAACAGGUAUGAGGAUCGGAGCAAAAGCCAUGGAUAACAUUGCGAUACUUAGGCAGGCAAAUGCAGUGAGCUUCUACCGGGACUAUCCAUUGGAAGGAAAAGACCCUCUGAAAUUGUUUAUACAAACAAUAAACUCUGCUGGCCUUUGCAUAUUGAGUGAGGAAGAUCACGAGCAGGUGAUGGAGGAGCUUCCGAAAGCAAUGCAAAGAACAAGUUUGUUGCUUUCUGUACUUGCAGUUGAAGAGAAGCUUUUAACGGCCAGAGACUAGGAAUGAAGUAUCUGUACAUUUGAACAUUUUAGGGCAUGAGGCUAUUAAAUAAGUCACCCAUGGUCCAUUCCUACUGCAAAGAGCCAACUUUUUACCUUACCCACGAGAAGAGAGGGUGAUUGCAAAUUGUACUAGUAUGUUCUUUUUUGGAAGAUUAUCAAUAUAUGCAGGCAUUCAUUCAUUUACAUGACAUAAAAACGGUAUAAAGUGAUAAUUCGUC